CUGAACCUUCACAACGUGCCAUGUCGCUCACCACGUCCAUGUAGUCUUUACCAAAUCUCACUGCAUGACGCGCGCAGUCUCUAACAUGGACGAAACACCCUGGAUGCGGGACAUCCUGCGCUUCGCCCUCGCAGCAACCGCUUCAACGCCCGCACCCUGGGACCCCGAGACUUUCUCAACCACCGCCGGCGGAGGCAAGCUCGUAGACCCCGACGACCCAGGAAAAGAUCCGCGGUUCCGGAAACUAGUCGAGGCGAUCCUCUCUGGGCGGCGGUUCUUGAAAACCUACAAUGUGGUGUUGCUAGGCGUUCUGCUGGUCUUCACGGCAUGGCACUGGGGCGAGAAGCUCGUUCACUACUCUUGCUCGCGGCAAUCUGCCGCUGUCGCCAAGUCAGAAGACCAGGCUUGGAGUACCUCGAGCAGUACUAUCGAAGGGAAUGUGACACCGCCUGGACCUCUGAAUAAGGCUGGUAACGAUGCUGCGGAAACGACGCCUCUGUUGGCCACGCCGCUGCGACGGAGACGCAAUGCUGUCUGGACACGUUAUCGUGUCGUCAAGGCAGCACUGCAGUACCAACCGCCUCCAAUUCCGGUUGUCAAUAAGACGCUGCCUACCAAUGGCGUGUCGUUGCUCGUGCUGGCAUGGAUUGCUUUGAUUGUCUUUUACAACCUGUACCGCAUGCCACUAUCGUUCUUGUACCUGUUCGUCUUUGCAGAUCGUUGCGGUAUCAUUUUCAUCUCGAACCUGCCGCUUCUGUAUCUCCUUGCUGCGAAGAACCAGCCCAUCAAGUUUCUCACCGGCUACUCGUACGAAGGUCUGAACAUCUUCCACAGACGCGUGGGAGAGGUGAUGUGUCUGGAGGCGUUCCUGCAUUUUCUGGGUAUGGUCGUGGUCUGGUAUGGUAUGCUCCGGCAUCUGGGCUUCACGCUUGCCAAUUUUCUGUUCAAUCGAGUGGUGCUGCUUGGACUGGCUGCCUUCAUUGCGUAUGAGCUGAUAUACUUCACGUCUCUGGGAAGCUUCCGCCAGCGGUGGUAUGAGGUCUUCCUAGCUCUGCAUAUCGUCCUGCAAGUUGCUGGUCUGGCGUUCCUUUGGUUCCACCACCACACCUCUCGCCCCUACGUUGGCAUCUCGCUCGCCGUCUUUCUUAUCGAUCGGCUUGUGUACCGGCUCUGGCUCAAGACAAGCACCCACACCGCUAUCCUCACCGUCAUGGACGAUGAUGAGACCGUUCUGCUAUCCUCAAACUGGGACGUCAGCAACCGCUCGCCCGCCCUCCGCCUGCUGUCCCACAAUAUGAAGCACGGCUGGGCGCCCAACGAACACGUUCUCAUCUCCGUCCCCGCCCUGUCCCGGAAACACGCACUGCAAUCGCACCCCUUCACCAUAUUCUCCGCCGCCCCAAAUAUCCACCACAGCACCCAAGACGAGCAAGGCGAGCAUGCAUGGUUCACGCUCCUAAUCCGUGCCCAAGCCGAGUCUGGCUUUACAAAGCAACUACUGAACUACGCGCGCACUCACCCACAAACUCUCAUCCGCCUCGACGGCCCCUACGGCUCCUCGCACGCCCUCGACCUCCUCCGCUCAUCAUCCACAGCAGUUCUCAUCGCCGGCGGCUCAGGCAUCGCAGUCACAUAUCCCCUACUCUACUCCCUUGUCCGCCCUUCCCCACACGAUCCGGAGACCGCGCUCGCCAAGUCCAGCAGGAUUGUCAAACUCCUCUGGAUCACACAUUCUCCAUCGCACCGUCUCUGGAUUCCAGAGGACAAGCUCAAGGAGCUGCAGAACUGGGGCCUGGAUGUGUUUAUUCCGCCGCCGACUGCGCUUGCGGGACGGCCUGAUGUGAGGAGUGUGGUGGGCGAGUGGGUUGACGCUGAGGCGCGGGGGAAGACGGGGGUGGUUGUUAGUGGGCCGGAGGGGUUGGUUAGGGAUGUGAGGAAUACGUGUGCGCGCAAGAUGUGGCAGGGGAGGGAUGUCGGGUUGGCUGUGGAGAAAUUUGGGUGGUGAGCAUUAAACCUGCGCAUUCGGAGGGAGUGUAUAAGGUGUUUGGAUAGCUUUUAUUGAGCGUUUAGCGGCGUUAUAAGUAGAUACACAACAUUGCUACCUGUUUGAGGCGCACGGCAUCUG